AUGGGAUUGCCUUGGUAUCGUGUCCAUACCGUCGUGUUGAAUGAUCCUGGCCGGUUAAUCAAUGUGCAUAUAAUGCACCCAGCUGUAGUUUUUGGAUGGGCCAGUUCGAUGGCUCUUUACGAAUUAGCAGUUUUCGAUCCAUCCAAUCCUAUUCUUGAUCCAAUGUGGAGACAAGGUAUGUUCGUUAUACCUUUUAUGACUCGUUUGGGAAUAAAGGAUUCAUGGGGUGGAUGGAGUAUAACCGGAGAAACCGGAUCUAAUCCAGGUAUUUGGAGUUAUGAAGGUGUGGUCGGGGCACAUAUUGUGUUUUCUGGCUUGUGCUUUUUAGCAGCUAUCUGGCAUUGGGUAUAUUGGGAUCUAGACGUAUUAUGUGAUUCCCGUACAGGAAAACCUUCUUUAGAUUUGCCUAAGAUUUUUGGAAUUCAUUUAUUCCUCUCAGGAGCAGCUUGUUUCGGAUUCAAAGCAUUUCUCUCCACCUUGGAAGGAUUGCCAAUAGGAAGGACGGACAGCCUUCUGAAUUCACGAGAGUUGAAGAAAGACGGCCUUCCAUACUCGUGGGUCAGGCGGUGGAAUGGAAGACUGGCCUUCCAUGCCGUUGGGCUUGAUCAAGGAGGAUGA